AUGGAUCUGAAUCCCAUUAAGGAUGCAUUUGAUCGUGUUGCAAAGAAGCAAAAGAUGUCUGCUUCUAAAACCCAAGAAGUCGUUGACCAGAUGAUGCAAGAGAUUGAGAAGUCAUUAGAAAUAAUGAAGGCAGAACAUUCCGGUUCUGAAGUGGACUGUAAAUCUGUCCUUGGUGAACUAAAGAAAGAGUUGCAAGAAAUUGCUCCACUUAGUCAGCUGGAAGGCACACAGAAGGAACUGAAUAUAGCCCUGAGCAAGUACCCAAAGCAGCUUGAGAAAUCUUUCAACCCAGAUAUAUCCAAGGCUUAUAGAAACAUCGAUUUUGAUGCUCAUACUGUUAACCAGAUAAUUGCAGGCCAUUUCUACCGUCAAGGCCUGUUUGAUGUUGGCGAUUGCUUUAUAAAUGAGGCCAAGGAACCAGAAUCUACUGCUGCUUUGAAAUCCCUUUUCUCAGAUAUGUAUCUGAUACUUGAAGCUAUGAAGAAGCGGAAUCUAGAGCCUGCACUGAACUGGGCUGCUGCCAAUUCCAAUAAGCUCAAAGAAAAUGGGUCAGACCUGCUGCUGAAACUUCAUUGUUUGCAGUUUGUGGAAAUACUGCAAGGUGGAAGCAGAAGCAAAGCCCUUUCAUAUGUCAGAACUCACAUUUCUCCUUUUGGUGCCAACCAUUUUUCUGAAAUCCAGAAGCUUAUGGCCAGUCUCCUGUGGUCUGGAAGGCUUCAUCACUCUCCUUAUUCUGAUUUACUGUCAGCCACUAAUUGGAAUGUGGUGGCUGAGGAGCUCACCAGGCAGUUUUGCAAUCUUUUGGGGAAGUCUUUUGAAAGCCCAUUGAGUGUGACAAUAGCUGCAGGGUUCCAGGGUCUGCCACCACUUUUGAAGUUUAUGACUGUGAUGGCCGGGAAGAGACAGGAGUGGCAGUCAAUGAAACAGUUGCCAGUGCCAGUGGAGUUGGAUAGGGAAUUUCAGUUCCAUUCUGUCUUUGUAUGUCCUGUGUCGAAGGAGCAAUCAACCGACGAGAACCCCCGAUGUUGA